AUGUAUCUGCUGUUUCAUAACUUGCCUGAAAUAACGGCAUGGUUGCAUUCUAUCAUGGCCAUGCACCCUGACGCCUACUCUGCACUAGCUAUAUACAUAAUGCUCCAUCUUGCCUUCUACAGUUCAAAAUCCAAGCAUGAAACUUACGGAUCCCUUAAAGCGAGACAAUCUGUACAUUGGAGAGUGUCGGGGGUCCGCGAGCCUAGGGAUCUAGUCUCUGCGCCUCGCGUCUACAAAACCAGUCCUGUUUCUUGUACUUCUUUACCGUCCGCGUAUUUGCCAGGAGACUUGCGGAGACGGCCUCUUUCCACAAUCACCGAUGAACAGCUUUUCACCGCCAUACAGGCUAGAAUGCACACUACACCUUACACUACACCCAUUCACAACUCCUUUCCCAGCAGCCCGGUUGACUACGCCAAAUUUCGACGUCUUGUCCUUCUCUACGCCAACACGCGUACCCUUCGCUAUCUUACUUACCUACACAGAGACAACAUUCCUACUCACUUAAGUUCACACAGUCCUGUGUUUGCGAUUGGUUUAGCCAUCCUCAACCCUCGUGUCUUCUUAUACCGUGUUCUUCAAACCGUUAUUGAUAGGCGGCAGAGUUUUAAAGCUUUGGUUAAGGUUUGUGAAGCGGGGAAGGAGGGAGAUAUAUUAUUUGAGACAGGCUUCCUAGAGGCCCAGAUGAAAAUGAGGCUUUUCUUAGUUAUUUUCGGCAGCUGUGGCGUGGAUGGCUUGGAUACUGUUGUGGAAGAGUGUGCUCGGACUACGUACGAGAACACAGUGCUCCGCCACAAUACCUUCCUAAGACCCGAAUUCACCUGUUCCCAUAUUGCCGUCUAUCUUCGCUAUGGUACACUAAGAGAAGGGAAACAAGAGUGGAACAAACGGUUUACAUGCCAGUUAAGGCGACACUCGCUUAGAGACUUGUGGGUACAGGACGUAGGCUGCGCUACCACGAAGCGAAGCCCUUUACCGUUGCUGCGGCUGACAAGUGUCAAGUGUAGCACCCUGGAUAACAAUAGUUCAGACUACUUCAUUGCCAAGCUCUACGGGGCACGCGGGGUAAAGAAGUCCGAUCAGUACUUAUAUGGCUUGCCGAAUGUACUAAUCACUGUAGCGAAUAGAUUAUCGCACCGUUUAUGGAUUCAGUUAGCUCAGGUUGCAGGUAGUGAAUGGACGAAAUGGCGUUGUUAUGGCAAUAAUAGUGUUGUAAGGUCCAAAUACGUCGGCCGCCUGACGGUCGAUAAAACGAUAAAUCUGGGCUCUGCCUCCAUACGAUAUUGCUUGUUUCUUAGCACGAAAAAUAAUUUUGGAAAGUUGAGUUUACUGCGAAGUCAAGGGACCUCUCGCUUCAGCCGGACACAGUACGAAAAUGCAGGGUUGCACGGUGAUGAGCUAGGCUGUAAUGGGGGUAUGUUUGAGGUGAAAGUCAUCUACCACUCCUCCCUCAAUACCUGCUGGAUCUUCUUGAAGAGCUCCCGAACUGGUUCAACUUCGGGCCAAUUGACACUCGGCUACUCAUCUAAGUCUUUGCUGUUGCUCGCAAGCGCACCCACAAUCGAAAUUGCUGGGCUAUGCCGCAUUCGUCGUGUGUCACCCAAGAAUGCACUGGAGGUGAAUAUAAGGUUGAAGAACCUAAUCUUUCGAAUUCCACUACUCCAGGGGGAAAUAUUGAUGGCUACGCGAGAUGGUGCGAAAUGGUUUAUAAAGUAUGGUGGGACGCCAGGCCCAAAGCUGAUUUGGCAACCCAUCGCAGAGCCCCUCCGACUCACAAUAUCGCUCUGGAUUGCCGUGAUGAAGGAGCUUGAAGUUUAG